AAAAAAAUUAAAAAAUUCUUUUGGUGUUUGAUUAUUUCCUUUUUUUACUUUCAAUCUGUGUUGAUCUUGAUCUUAUAAGGAUUUUAGAGUUGAAGGCUGAGUUUGGUUUGUUUCUCAGUGAAUUGUUGGUAGAGAUAUGGCAUCUCAGUCAGCUCGUGUUCCAGCUGAAACUGUAAGCGAAAAGAAGAACCUUCCGAAGGAAAAUAAGAAAAUGAAUAAUGGUGCAAAGGUUAAUGAGCCUAUUAAAUUUGGCUCUCAUGGUACUAAAGAACCAAUUAAGGAGGAAGGGAAAAAAGUUCCUGUUACCGCCCUCCGGAAGGAUGCAGUUGAGGACUGGCCUGAACCUAAGCAGAUCCAUUCUUUCUACAUUGUCAGAUAUCGGAGAUUUGAAGACCAAAACCUGAAGCCCAAAUUUGAUCUGGCAGAAAAAGAGCUACAAAAAAUGAACAAAGCAAGAUUUCAGCUUAUUGAAAAAUUGCGAGCCAGGAGGGCAGAACGAUCAGAGUUGUUUGGUCAAAGGAAAUCUGUGAGUGCUGAGAAUCAGGAGUUUUGGACAGUAAUCGAAGGGAAGAGAAAGGAAAUAAAACCUCUGCAGGAUGCCUUGGGAAAGCUCCGUGGUCCUAGGAAAGAUGGGAGAGAAGGAGGUGCUGGUCUGUGUUCAUCUGAGGCGGAGCUUGAUAAUCUUAUCAAGAGUCUGCAGUACCGCAUUCAGCAUGAAAGCAUUCCUCUGACAGAAGAGAAGAAAAUUCUAAGAGAAAUUAAACAACUUGAAGGAACAAGAGGAGAGAUUAAAGAAAAUGUAGCUCUGAGGGCACAGAUUCAGGAUUCAAUGGGUGAAAAAGAAUCAAUCCAGAAGCAGGUCAAGCUUAUAAGUGGUGGACUUGACGGGGUUCAUAAGGAGCAACAGGCAGUUAAGGCCAAGAGGAAGAUACUAGAUGAACAGCUCGAUGCCAAUACCAGCCAGAUUAAAUCUUUGGAUGAGGAAUUGAAGGAAAUAACAAAGAAGAGGGAUGGUGCUUUUGUUCGCGUUCAGGAAUUGAGAACUCAACGCGAAGAAGCGAACACACCAUUCUACAAAAACGUUGCACUGUUGCAAAAGGCAAAAUUGCUAGCAGACAAGAAGGAUGUUGAAGCCCUUAAAGAACUCUCACUUACUGAGGUCGAUAAAUUCAUCUCCCUAUGGAGUGGCAAGCCCUUUAGGGAUGACUAUGAGAGGAGAAUUUUGGCAUCACUUGAUAUAAGGCAGUUGAGCAGGGAUGGCAGGAUGAGGAACUCUGAUGAGAAGUGUCUUGUGUUACCACAGGCGCAGACUGUUUCACAGCCUGAGAUUGUUGAGAAAGCUACUGUGAAACCGUCAAAGGAAGAAUCACUGCCUGCUCAGAAAGUAAACAAAGAUAAGAACACCAAGAAGACAAAAGAUGCAAGUAGCAACGUUACAGAUACUAAAGAGAAGAACACCAAGAAGCCGAAAGAUGCAAGUAGCAAAGUUACGGAAACUAACUACAUCUUUGAUGUUGAAGAGGAGAUCCAUGGUUUAGAAAAGCAACCCAAGGAUGUGAAACCAAAACACAAGGAACCUGAUGAGGCAAAAUUGAAGGAAAUGAAGAGAGAGGAGGAGAUUGUGAAAAAUCGACAGGCAAUGGAGAGGAAGAAGAAGUUGAAAGAGAAAGCAGCAAUAAAAGCUCAGAAAGAAGCUGAAAAGAGGAAACUCAAGGAAAUUGAGAAGAUGGCGAAGAAGAAUGCUGGAGAUUCAGUUACUGAGGAACCAGUUGAAAUAGUUGCUGAAGAAGAGAAGUUAGAGGAAAACAUUGAAACAUCAGCUGCACCUAAGCUUAAGGAGCCUAAAGGGAAAGCUGUCAAGCAUCGAGCAACACGAGCAAAAAGCACAGAAAUUCCUAAAACUAUACUUAAGCGCAAACAGGCGAUUAACUAUUGGCUUUUGGCUGCUCCUGCUGCGCUUGUAGUUCCGCUACUUCUUCUAGCAUUCUCACAUCUUCUCUAGGAUAAUAUGAAAGUUAAGAAGUAGAGGGGGGAAAACUUGGUAUUGCUUAGAGUGUUGCAAUAUCAAGGUCUAUUUUUUGUAAUCUCAAAUCAUGCCUAUUUUUUUCACAGUCAUAAUGUUGCUGGUUAGAUAAGGAAUUCAAGAGUAACUAAGCAUGUUUGAUUUUUGGUUGGUGUAGUAGUUUCAAGUUUUGACAUUUGCUUAAAGAUUUUCAUCUUUGGCAUUAAUUGUAAACAUCUAAGUUCUUUAUUAUCUGCCUACAUUUUGUUCAUUGAAA